UAACCCUAACGUCAAUCAAAUCACGUGUGUGAUUUAUUUAUAAACCGAGAUGUCCGGAGAAUACUGGUGAGACGUUCAGUUACUUCCCUUGAAUAUUUUUAUUUAUUUUUUUAUCCCCCUAAACUUGAAGAUUACCGCUGCGAGGUGUAUGGAGCCAUGAACGAUGAGGGAAGAUGGUUGGAACAAACGAUAACCCCAUUCAAAUCGAUGAAGCAAGAUUUGCUGGUCGACGAAAAUACAAUCGAAGAAGAAUGCUGAAUGGCGACAACGCUGCUCUCUUCGAAGACAGUGAUGCAGAACCACGAAACGACAGGAACCAUGGACGUAGGAGUGAUGGGCCGUGGGUUUUUAGUCCCAAACAGAGCUCAGAUUGUCGAUACUUUUAUGUGGAACGGCGUUAUUAAUGUUCAACUUUUAAUGUUUGAUUUUACUCUAUGUGUGUGUUAUGUAGUUAAGAAAUUCUCUUCGAAAGUACGCAUUUUCUGCAGUUUCCGUAUCUUCGGCAUAUCAAUCUCCUGGAAACUGUUCAGAAACAUACAACCAGAUGAAUACUCGCCGUCAAGCAUCUACCAUACUCUGAACGUCUUGCUUCCCUAGCAUAGACUCAUUAUAGCUCCGACGUCUGGCAACUGAUUAGCCACCAUGUUUCCAACAACAACCUUCGCACCUUUUUGAAUUCCAUAUAUCAAACACUCAUGGACAUGCUUACAAAUUCAAAAAACAACACAGCACUCAUGACUUUUGGAAACGUUUUUUCACACUCAGAAUUUCUGAAACAUGGAAUAGAUUACUUAAAUCAGUUAUUAGCUGCCGAGACACUACAUCCUUCAAAAUUUCCAUGCUUCCUGAAAUUCACCAUCAGUGCACCUGAUGCCCCCCCCCCUACUUCUGUUUCUUCUUCCCUUUUUUUUAAAGACUUUCACUGUUCACUUCCUGUGUAUAUUCAAUGUACUCUUCUUACAGUUUUGGUUAUUUUUUCUGAUGAGUUGUAGUGCACCUGAGCACUGUAGACAAUAAGUUCGAUAUUUCGUUUUCGUAUCUGGUUUGCAUCUCCCUAGACACAACGAAGUUCAUUAUUAUUAUAUAUAUUCUGCUUUAGUCUCAACUGAAUAAAAACCUCUUGAGUGAAAUUUGAUGGAGGAAACUUAGGAAGCUCGUCUGAUGGACCGUACUUGUUCUCUAGUCUCGUCUAUGUGUGCUUAUAGUAGAUUCCAUUCUGUUGCAAGCAUUCGGACCCGGUCUCUUGUCUAUGGACAACUUACCCUACCAGUUGCACGAACUCGGGAAAAUGCCAUGGAUGUUGCCAUUCUUUCAAAAAAGAAAAACAAAUUAAUCUGCAGUCAUAACCACACCAUCCAAAACAGCAAGUUAGAGAUAACAGAAUUUGGGAACUAAUCACAUCUUGUUACUAUGGAAGACAAAUUCUGUGAUGUUAAAACUAAUUAUGCCUUAGAAGAUUUGAAAAACUUUAAAAACAAGCAACUACUUCUCAUAUUUGCUUCUGGAACUCAUUAUGACAUCGGUUAUACAAUUGGAGGACAAUUCAGUAAACAGAUUACCAACUUUUGUGCCCAAUUCCCAGAAAUGAAAUCUUCCUUGCUUCCUUACUACAACUGUUGUGAAGGAAGAUCCGUCUAUGAGGGUUUCUUGGCAUCAUGUAAUGCAGCAUUUCCUCAAUAUGUUGAAGAAAUUAAAGGAAUGUCUGAUGGAUCAGGUGUGGCUUUUGAAAAUCUUUUCCUUUUAAAUUGCUUAAAUGAGAUGAUAACAUUUUCAAACAAAUGCACUGAUAUUGAAGAUGUUGCAGGCUGUUCAACUAUAUCUAUUAAUAGACCUGAUUUGAAAAUAUUGGCCCACAAUGAAGAUCAUAGUCCCUGUAUGGAAGCAUAUUCCUAUAUUGCCUGUUGUAAGAUUGAUGAUAGCUUUGUGAAGAAGAAUGUUGUUCAAGAAGACCGGGAAUAUAUUACAAACUAUUGUUAUCCAGGUUUCCUACCUGGAGGGACUUUUGGUUUCAAUAAUCAUGGAAUGAUUUUUACAUGCAAUGGUCUUUAUCCAACAGAAGCACAUCGAGAAUGCAUUCCAAGACGAUUCAUUGACAGAAGUCUUUUGAGUGCAUCCAGUGUUACACAAGCUGUCAAGAUUCUAGAGAACAACAAACAUGGUAUGGCUUAUGGAGUGUGUUGUAAUAUGGCUUCAGUGAAAGACAAAGAUAAUAUGUGGGCUCUUGAAGUAGGACCUAAACAUCAACAUUACCUUCAUACAUUUCCACAACAGAAUGAUCCAAACAAAGAUUGUCAUUAUAUUCAUGUCAAUUUUGCCAAGUAUCUGGAAAUGGAACAAAUACCUGCUGUUAGGUUCGGUAGCACAAUGAACCGUUAUAAGCGUGCAACUAGCUUACCUCCUCCGCGCUCUGUUUCUGACAUUUGUAACAUCCUUGGUGACACAGAAUCCAAAGAAUAUCCAAUUUACCGAACUCCAAGACCCACAGAUCGUUCCCUAACUCUAUCAACAGCAGUUUUUAACAUUUUGGAAAACAAAGUUGAUAUCCAUUUAAAGAACACCAAGGAUGACAAAACACCAGCAUUUAGUUUGCCCCUGAAUAUGUUGUAAAGAUCACAAACAAUUGUGUCACAAAUAGUAUUGUUCUGUUAGAAGCCUGGAUCCUGAAUUGUUUAAUACAAAUUAAAGAAUUUAUACAUUAUAAAAGCUUUCUUGUUAUAAAACUGAUUCUGAAUCAAUGAAAACAUUACAUUA